GGCUGCGCGAGCCGGAUCCCGGGAGAGAGAUUGACAGGAGCCGGAGGAGAGGGAGAGGACUGACAAUAACUUUGGUGAAACUUCUGAUCCGCAAUCCCUUUGGGUUAAUGUUUCACCACAUAACCUGGAGUGGAGAUGGGCAGCCGUUAGACUUCCAUGAUGAAUGGGCCCUCAGUGACAGUUAACAACACUCUUGCACAGAACGCCUGUGAGGCUGAGCCUGUCUGGGAGCGACCAUGGACUUUGGAAGAAAUCCACAAAGCCAGUGGAACUUGGUCCCUUGGUGCAGAUGCUGGGCUGCUUCUGUUUCUGCAAGAUUUCUCACAGCGGAUGCUGUCCCGCACCCACGAGAUUGAGAAGCAACUCGAUGGCCUGAUCCAGCACACGAAGGCCACAGACUCCCGCCUCCACAAUGUUUUCAACGAUUUCCUGAUGCUGUCAAACAUUCAGUUCAUCGAAAAUAGAGUGUAUGAUGAAGAAGUGGAAGAGGCAGCUAAACCAGAGAGUGGAGGGAAACCAAUUGAGCCGGAGAAAACGCGGGAGCAGAAGGAGGCGGAGCUGAUCCCCAAGGUCCAGGAAGCCGUGCACCAUGGUCUGAGGGUGCUGGACUCCGCCUUCGAACAACUGGACAUCAAGGCUGGAAACUCGGACUCGGAGGAUGAGGAAACAAAUGAAAGGGUCGAACACCUGCUGGAACCCAAGGAUCUGUACAUUGACAGGCCCCUGCCGUAUAUCAUUGGCUCUCAGCAGUUUAUGGAGGAGGAGGAUGUCGGCCUGGGUGACCUCUCCAGUGAAGAGUCUGUGGACAGUGAACAUGGAAGUGUUAUUGAAAGCGAGGAGGAAAAGGAGGAGGAAUCUGGGGAUGACUUUAUUGAUGAAAGCGAAGAUGAUGAGCAGAAACCACCAAAAUCAGUCCAAAAACAGCAUCUGGUCAGUGAUGAGGAUGAAGAUGACGAUUCCGAUUUAUUUCACGAGUCUGAGAAAGAGGAUGACGAUGAUGGGGAAUUGACGAGUCCGAAAAAGAUGGGACAAACCUCCUUUGCAGAAGAACUAGCAGCACGGAUUCAAGGGGAAAGCCCAAAGAUACAAGAUGAAGAGAGCGCGGUGUUGACUUCGGGAGGCUCGGCAAAGAAGAAUCGGGUAAAGGUCAAAAAAGAAACUCAAAAGGUUAAACACCAAGACGAUGAUGAGAACUUAUUCACGCCUGAGAAUGCCAAUGAAGAUGACGAUUAUUCUCCAUUUUGCAGUAAAAGUGGCCUCUUCAGCGGAGGGAAGGGUCUCUUUGACGAUGACGAGGGUGACCUUUUUGCUGAGGCACCAAAGGAGGAUGUUGACAAAGGGAGGGAAGCCAAACCCGUCGUUAGUAAUGAACCUGCUGCAAGAAAAUCUGGGAAAAAAGUACCAGUUGGAGCAGUUUCUAUUUACCCGGGUGGAGAUUUAUUUGCUACCAAUGUGAUUUCUAAGAGAGAACAUGACGAGAAAGCCAAAGUGCCAAGAGCCUCGCCUGUGCGAGAACCAGCUGAUGCUGGAGGACUGUUCGAUGAUGUGGAAGAUGACGAUUUAUUUGGAUCAAGUGUGAAAACCUCAACCGCUGCUACGACUGACCCCAAGCUGGCCGCAGGUCUCUUUGAUGACAGCGAGGACAGUGGGCUCUUUGUCACGCCAAAACCAGCCAAAGAGAAGCCGGGAGUGCAGCAGAACGCAGAGCCACACUCUGAAGUAUUAGAAUCCUCUCCCCACCUUGCUGACAAGUCCCAGACCAGCUCUGGUCUCUUCUCUGAUGACGACGAGUCUCAGGAUCUAUUCUCUUCAAACAAGGACACAAAAAGACACCAAUCAAAGCAAUCCUUAGGCCAGAUCAGAUCCAAUCAGAUUCCAAUCUCAUUCUUUGAUGAUGAUGAUGAGGGCGAUCUCUUCAGUUCUGCUGCAAAGGAUAUUGCUGCAGCAAAGAAAUCGCAGCAAUCGCAUGAACCUAAACCUCCAACCAACGGAUUGAUAUCCACUGCAUUGUUUGACAGUGAUGACAUGGAUGAAUGGCAAAGUUUGGGACUGCAGGCACCUGUGGCAGAACGUGCUGUGGACAGUGAGGCUGCACAGCCAUCAUUGAGAAAACAAGUGACGUCCAAGGCCACUGCAGCCUCAAGAGCACCAAAAAAGACCAGUCUGUUCGAUGACUAUAAUGAAGAGGAUGACUUAUUUGGCGUGACUCAGAAGGAAAGUCAGAAGAAAUCCCAGAAAGUGUCGCUUUUGUUUGAAGAUGAUGAUGAAGGUGAUCUUUUUGCAUCGAAGCCAGUAGCCAACAAAUCUGCUCCUCAGAAGCCAGCUGCUCUUCCCCAGGACUCAUUACUCUUCAGCAAGAUUGUGGACAGCGACUCUGUUGAGGAGUUUGAUGGGAAGAGGCAACUGGAGCAAGGGGUUGGGGCAGAACCAAUGCCGGCGGGAACAACUCGUCUCUUCGCUGGGAUUGAACAACAAAGUAACACAAAGAUGCUGGACUCUCAGGGUGUCACUACCCAGGAAAGUGAUGGUCUGUUUGGACAGAGUAUCACAGGUUUGCAGGAGGAAUUACAGAGCAAUCUGAACCCUGUUGUGAGCCUGUUUGAUGAAGAGGAUGAGGAGAAUCUGGAGGGUACGCUCAAUCAGUGCAGCCUGGUUAAUGAUGAAAAGCUUCCCGAGAGUGGUGUUAGUACCAGGGUGUUCCAGGACGAGGAGUUGCUGUUCAGUCAACACCAGCAGAAGGACAAUGACCCAGAUGUCGACCUCUUCGCUGAUGCCCUGAAACCAGAGGUUAAAAAGUCAGGGAUAAAGCCUCCGGUUAACUCUCCACCUGUAUCUCAGACCAAAGCUGUGGAGCUUCCGAGCAACGAUCUCUUCGAUGGAGCUGACAAUCUGUUCACCUCAAAGGCACAGUCCGCGAAGGCAGCUUCGUCUACCGCCAGUAUUUUUGAAGACAGUGUCGAUGAGGAUCUCUUCAUGGCUGUUCCUAAGAAGCCACCUGUGGUACAAAAGAAGCCAGUGCUUAAGAGAACAGGGAUUUCGCAGGUUGUCGCCACCAAAGCCAGUGAACAUCCCAAGAAAGCACGUGAUGAAGCACUGAACAAACAGAGACCAGAGGAGAAGGAAAAACUCACCAACACAGGUCCCAUUAAAACAAAAGGACCUUCCUCUCGGAUUGGAAAACUCCAAGCAAACUUGGCGAUUAACCCAGCGAGCCUCCUGCCUGGAGCUUCACCCAAAGUUGCCGUUGUUACAUCUGGGUCAGUGUCACCUUCAUCUCCACCUGGCUUGCCUUUGAGUGAGGCCACACCUUCAGCUUCAGGACCAGCUGUGAGUGACGGCGCCAGUGUGAGUUUCGAUCAACCGAUGCAGGCGAACACUUUGACCAGUGUUAAUAAGAGCCGUGCAAGAGUAGGGCAGAAACGUCGACCUCCAACCAGGGGGGCACGGAGACUGGCAGCUCAGCAGUCCGACGAGGUAGAAGACUUGGACCAGAGAUUGGAAGUCGACGGCGCGAGCGGUAUUGCGGACUUUUCGCCGACGGGCCUGGCCCAAAAACCAAGUCCGGACAAGGGGCCGAUGGCAAAGUGGGCACUGCCACCUGAGCCUUCACCCGGUAACGGUGCUGGCCCUGCCCCUGCCCCCGCCCCCAUUGCAAAACUGCCGGUGCAUUCUGACCUCUUCAACUCAGACAAUCUGUUCAAACCAAGUUCGGCACAGGAGCCGAGUCCUGCAGCUGGGGCACGGGGGGACUUUCAGCCCAAGGAGGAGCCAAGCCAAUCGAUAUUUGCACCGAGCGAAGAUGAUCUUUUCCAGUCCAGUAAACGGACUGUGAAGAAACCCAAACCAGUGGCUUUCCUCGAAGAGGAAGGUGGUGAAGAUCUUUUUGGGAUAGCAAAACUAGGGCAGACUAAACCAGCAGCACAAAAGAGUUCAAAAACACUAGAUAUCUUCGAGGACGAUUUGUUUUCCACGGAAUCUGUCACCUUAACCAAGAAGAGCAAUGAGGGGAGCACUGAUGUCGACCUCUUUAGUGAUCAUGUUGACAUAUUUGCUGAUUUAAAAGUAGCACCAAAAGAGAAGAAGAGCAGAAAGAAAGUGGAGACCAAGUCUAUAUUCGACGAUGACAUGGAUGAUAUUUUUGCUUCUGCCAUGCCCUCAGCGAGUAGCAAGAAACAAUCUAAACCCAAGACUAAGUCAAAGCAGGCUGCCGCUCCAACCACACCGGGUAGCAAAGCCGUGGACAUUUUUGAUGAUCCUUUGAAUGCUUUUGGGCCAUAAGAUUUGGUGAAGAGCACUGUUAUAGAACUACAGGGAGAAGGCGGUGGGGGAGAUGGAGAAUGCUUUUUUUUUUACUGUUUAACACAGGAAGUGUUGCAUUGCACCGAAUGCAAUAGUUUGUCUGAAUAACAUUGUGGCUAAACCAUAAACAAGCGUGUUUCUUUAAUCGUGAGCACUACUGACUGCUAAUGCAGACUUCAGUUCUUGCCUCAGUGGAAGGGACAGUGUGGGUGAAACUACCUUUUUGUUUUCAAGGUAUGACGGUAUGUUCACAGUGGUUCUGAACAUUUCACACUCAUUUGCUUUGUUCUCUGGACCUGUGAUGUGAUCCUUUCUUCUCUUUCUCCACCACUCUGUACCAUUGUUGGUUCCUUACUCAUUAAAUCUGGUAUCAUUCGUCCAAGUUCUAAUCAUCAUGCUCGAUUUAUUUUUAAUAUAUAUAUAUAUGUGAGAAUUCUUUCUCAACUCAGUUUACGUAACGAUGGAAGGUUUUAACAUUGAGCUUUGAGCACCUCAUCUAAAAGCCAGUCACUUGGGUUUGUCAUUCAUCUGAUGAUCUUUGCUCAUUGAAUUUUGUUAAAUUCACCUGUAAAUUUUUGUGACAUCAGGUUUGAGGUUUUUCUCAUGAACUGUUCCAAGUUUCCGGAUGGGAAGCAUUAAUAAGAUCAGUGCAAUAUAAUGUAAAUAGUUCUCCUGAAAUGAAAGACAUGGUUCAUAAAUAAGUUCAUUGCAGGCUUACAGAGGCUUAUAAUAGAUUUUAUGGCAUUUAUUGAGAUCAUUGUGUUGAAAUCAUCAAAUUGCUGUUGUAUCUGUUCCCUUCACACUUUGGUUCUGUUUAAUCCUGUUUUGAGUUUGAAUUACUCUGUUUAAUCCUGUUUUGAGUUUGAAUUACUCAGAAAAAUGAAACUGCACAGUGACAAAGCUUUGCAAUAAAUCUAAUUCAUGUCCA